AGAGAGAGAGAGAGAGAGAGAGAGAGAGAGAAUCCCAUCAGCGUCUGGUGUGUGUGUGCAGAAGGAAAGCAUGAAGAACACCAACCAAACAAAACUAAUCAUCCUGAAACCCUUCCUCCUCAUCUUCCUCUCCAUCUCUAUCGUAUUCUUAUUCAUCGUCUCUUUCCAGUCACCCCACCGGAAUACUAUCUUCGUACCUCCGCUUAAACGACCAUUACCACCUUAUCCACCCGGUGAGCUUCGAAUCCGGCCGGGUUUUGGCUCCUACGAUAUGUACAUACAGCACCAGCUCGACAAAACCCUAAAUCAGAAGCUUAGAGAGGUGUGGACAACAAGGGAUUGGGAGCGCAAGAUCCAGGUAUUCUCCAGAUUCUUCACCGAUCUCAAGCAGAUGAACCUUCUGUACAACGAUUCCAAGGCCCUCUGCAUUGGAGCUCGAGUCGGGCAAGAGGUGGUCGCGCUGCAACGAAUCGGUGUAUCGGAUUCGGUUGGGAUCGAUCUGGUACCGUAUCCUCCGCUGGUGGUGACUGGGGAUUUCCACAACCAUCCAUUUGGCAACGAAACCUUCGAUUUCGAAUUCUCGAACGUGUUCGACCACGCGCUCUACCCGUCCAGGUUUGUUGGGGAGAUCGAACGGACGCUGAAGCCCGGAGGAAUCUGUGUUUUACACGUGGCUUUGUCGACGAAGUCCGACAAGUACUCGGCCAACGACCUCUCUGGUGUAGGGCCUUUGGUGGAACUGUUUAAGGAUUCGGAGGUCGUUCAUGUCCGCUCCGUUGACGGAUUCGGCCUGGACACCGAGGUGGUUUUCCGCAAGAAUAAGAAGCAGAAGAAGAUGAAAAAACGCCAUUAACACCGACGACGACAACAACAACAAGAAGAAGAGGUCCCACCA